UGAACCCAGGAUGGGAAGCAAGGAAGAUGCGGGCAAGGGGUGUCCGGCGGCCGGCGGCGUCUCCAGCUUCACCAUUCAGUCCAUCCUGGGCGGGGGCCCCUCGGAGGCGCCACGGGAGCCCGCCGGCUGGCCGACCAGGAAGCGCAGCCUGUCCGUGUCCUCGGAGGAGGAGGAGCCGGACGACGGCUGGAAGGCACCCGCCUGCUUCUGCCCAGACCCGCACGGCCCCAAGGAGCCCGGCCCCAAGCACCACCCCCCCAUCCCCUUUCCUUGCCUGGGCACCUCCAAGGGCAGCGGAGGCGCGGGGCCGGCGAGCUCGGAGCGCACGCCUUUCCUUUCUUCUUCGCACCCAGACUUUAAGGAAGAGAAAGAGAGGCUCUUGCCCGCGGGCUCGCCGUCGCCGGGGCCCGAGCGGCCGCGGGACGGCGGCGGCGCCGAGAGGCAGGCGGGCGCGGCCAAGAAGAAGACGCGCACGGUCUUCUCGCGCAGCCAGGUGUACCAGCUCGAGUCCACCUUCGACAUGAAGCGCUACCUGAGCAGCUCAGAGCGCGCCUGCCUUGCCUCCAGCCUGCAGCUCACCGAGACCCAGGUCAAGACUUGGUUCCAGAACCGCCGCAACAAGUGGAAGCGGCAGCUCUCCGCGGAGCUAGAGGCGGCCAACAUGGCGCACGCGUCGGCGCAGACUCUGGUGGGAAUGCCGCUGGUGUUCCGGGACAGCUCGCUGCUGCGCGUGCCGGUGCCGCGCUCGCUCGCCUUCCCCGCGCCGCUCUACUACCCGGGCAGCAACCUCUCGGCCUUACCGCUCUACAACCUCUACAGCAAGCUCGACUACUGAGCGGCCCGCCGGCCCCGCGCCGCCCGCCCACUCCCCGCCAGCCUGGCGCGGGCUGCCCCCGCUCCGGAGCAGGGCGGCGCGUUUCCAGAAAUAUUACGAGAUACACCAUGUGUAUUCGUUACCUCUUAUUUAUGGCCUCUGCCCUACUUUUUGUUUUGAUUGUUUCUGGUAUUUAUCGGCAUUCCUCCAGCCAGAUCAUCUGCUUUCUACCCCAAACAAACCAAUACGUUUUGAAAACCAUGUUCGAGGGGAUGUUCUACGGUGGUGGUGGGGAAGGGAGUUUCGGCCAGAUCGACAUUGAUCGGUAGGAAAAAAAAUCAGAAAAACACCAGACCAGGUACAUUCUUCUCCCCAUAUAUACACCUGUAUAUAUGCACACGCACACACGGCUGGCCGAGCCAGCCCUUGGGGGCUUUGAACAGUGAUCUCGACUCCUCUUUUCGUUUCC